GAAAAAUGACGAGUCGCCACUUCUUCUUUGAUGUUGUUUUCACUUUCUUCCUUUCAGCUCAUAUUGUUGCUGGUUCAUCUGAAGAGUGUGUGUAUACUCUGUAUGUUCGAACUGGCUCAAUCUUUAAGGGUGGAACUGACUCCAAAAUCAGCGCUACACUUGGCGAUGCUACCGGAAGAUCAGUAUGGAUUCCAGAUCUUGAGAAGUGGGGUUUAAUGGGUCCAAAUUAUGAUUACUACGAAAGGGGUAAUGUGGAUAUCUUUACUGGUAGAGGCCAAUGUCUUAACCCACCAAUUUGCAGACUUAAUGUUACUUCUGACGGAUCUGGAGACCACCAUGGAUGGUUCCUAGAUUUCGUUGAGACCACUUUCACUGGGCCUCACAAACAGUGUAGUAAGACCAUAUUCUUUGUGGAACAAUGGUUGGCUUCUGAUGCCCCUCCUUAUGAGUUAUCUGUUUCUCUUGAUGGCUGUAGAAAGAUGAAGAAUAAUGGGCUUGGUGGACAUGCUAGGCGUUUUGUUGUGGGUAAGCCCGCUAGGUCUGCUUCAGAAUAGUUUGGUUUGUUGGAAUUUAUCAUGGAAGAUGGUCAAGGUCAACUGAGAACUAUCAUGUGUCUCUUUUAAUUUUGUCAUAACAAGUAUCCACGAGUUAUAAUAUUGUGUGUUCCUUACAACUUGAUUGAAAUAAAGGUUCUUGUUUGAGCC